AUGUCAUAUUCACUUCGAUUUUAUCUUUAUUCAUCAAUUAUUAAACAAAUACGACCUUCAUUUUCAUUGACACGUUGGAAUUCAACAACGACACCAACCGCAGCAUCACCACGAAAAAUAACAACACACUAUACAAUUUAUCCAAGAGACAAGGACGAACGAUGGAAAGAUAUCAAUAUGGAACGUUAUACAGAAGAAUAUGAUGUAGUUAUUGUUGGCGGUGGACCAGCUGGUCUUUCAGCUGCAAUUAAAUUAAGACAAUUGGCAACUCAACAAAAUAAAGAAAUACGCGUUUGUGUAGUUGAGAAAGCUUCAACUAUUGGUGCUCAUACAUUAUCUGGUGCUUGUCUUGAACCACGAGCACUAAAUGAAUUAAUACCAGAUUGGAAAGAUAAAGGUGCUCCAUUAACUAAUCCAGUUACAAAAGAUCGUUUUUAUUUUCUUACUAAAACAUCAGCAAUACCUAUUCCGAUUAUCAAAGGACUUCCAAUGUAUAAUCAUGGUAAUUAUCUUGUUCGUUUGGGUAAAUUCGUUGCAUGGCUUGGUGAACAAGCUGAAGCAGCUGGUGUAGAAAUGUAUCCAGCAACAGCAGCUAGUGAAAUUUUAUAUCAUGAUGAUGGUAGUGUUAAAGGUAUAGCAACAAAUGAUGUUGGUAUUGCUAAAGAUGGUUCACCUAAAGAUUCAUUUGCACGUGGUAUGGAAUUACAUGCUAAAUAUACAAUUUUUACUGAAGGAUGUCAUGGUCAUUUGGCUAAACAACUAUAUAAAAAAUUUGAUUUAAGAAAAAAUUGUGCACCACAAACUUAUGGUAUUGGUUUAAAAGAAAUGUGGGAAGUUGAUAAAAGUAAACAUGAACCAGGUCUUGUUGUACACACAGCUGGAUGGCCAAUGAAUACGCAAACAUAUGGUGGUUCAUUUCUGUAUCAUAUAGUAGAUAAUGAUCAACCAUUAAUUCUUAUUGGAUAUGUUGUUGGUCUUGAUUAUAAAAAUCCAUAUUUAAAUCCUUAUCUAGAAUUUCAACGUUUUAAAACUCAUCCAAAAAUUCGAUCAUAUUUAGAAAAUGGUAAACGUAUUGGUUAUGGAGCUCGUGCUUUAAAUGAAGGUGGUUAUCAGGUAUAUCAAAAAAACAAAUCGAUAAGAAAUAUUUCAUUUAUAAAUUUUGUCUAUUUUAUUUUAUUGGCUAUUCCAAAACUUUCAUUUCCUGGUGGUUGUUUAGCUGGAUGUAGUCCAGGAUUUUUAAAUGUACCAAAAAUAAAAGGUACACAUACAGCAAUGAAAUCUGGUAUGAUAGCUGCUGAAAGUAUUUUUGAUUUAUUAAUAAAAUCAACAAAUGAAAAUAAAACAAAAGGUAUAGAACCAAAUGAUUAUGAUAAUCGUAUUAGAAAUAGUUGGAUAUGGAAAGAAUUAUAUAGUGUACGUAAUGUUCGUCCAGCAUUUAAUACAUCAUUAGGUGUAUUUGGUGGAAUUUUUUAUGCAGCUGUUCAUUUUAUAUUACGUGGUAAAGAACCAUUUACACUUAAACAUAAAGCACCAGAUCAUACUCAAUUAAAAAAAGCUAAAGAUUGUAAACGAAUUGAAUAUCCUAAAUCUGAUAAUGUUAUUACAUUUGAUCUAUUAUCAAGUGUUGCAUUAACAAGUACAAAUCAUGAUUCUGAUGAACCACCACAUUUAACACUUAAAGAUGAUAGUAUUCCAACAAAAAUUAAUUUAGCUAUUUAUGAUGGACCUGAACAACGUUUUUGUCCAGCAGGUGUUUAUGAAUUUGUUGAAAAUGAAUCUGGUCAACGACAAUUACAAAUAAAUGCACAAAAUUGUAUUCAUUGUAAAACAUGUGAUAUUAAAGAUCCAACACAAAAUAUUAAUUGGGUUACACCACAAGGUGGAGAAGGUCCAGCUUAUAAUGGAAUAAAACCAAAAAAUUCAUCAAUGUCUGAAAAAUCUUCGAUUUCAAAAACUGGCAAAUAUCAAAAUGGUACAAUUCACAAUGAUGGAACUCAAACGGCAGCAGGAGCAGCAGCAGCAGCAUCAUCAUCAUUUGUACAAUCAUAUCCUUCUGAUACAUCGAAUUCAGAUGCUGCUUUUCUAGAAGCAUAUGAAUGUGCAAAAUUAAAUCGUGAUUGGCAUAAAGUAUGUAGUGCAUUAUCAGGACAUCCGGAAUGGUUAACAAGAGUUCCUGAAGGUCGUCAAUGGACAAUGUUACAUCAAAUAGUUUUUUCUGGUCAUGCUAAACAUUUAGAUGAAGCUCUUGGUUUUGAAAUAAAUAAUAAUGAUUUUCGUCUUUUAUAUAAAGCACGUGAUGGUAAAACUGUACGUGAUGUUGCUACUGAACGUGCACAUAUUCAUCCGGGAAUGUUACGUCAUAUUGAACGACUUGUUUCAAUUGAUCAAUUAUUAACUAAUGCUAAAGAACGUAAAUGGGAAUUAGUUAAACAAACAAUAACAAUACAACCGGAUAUCGUUAAUGAAAAACCACCAUAUCGACGUUUUUAUUUAGCACAUCAUUUAGCUUUUGUUGGAGAACUUAAUAUAUUUAAAGAAUUAAGUAAAAUAUGUAAAUUUAAACUUGAUUUACUUGCUGGAAAUAAAACAGUUGCACAAAUUGCACGUGAACAUAAUAAAAUAGCAUUUGCUGAAUAUGUUGAAAGUCUUCAACCACAAACACAAACAAAUGAAACAAAUGAUGAUACAAAUGAUGAUGAACAAUCAUCAACAGAUAUGCCAGGUGUAAAACAUUAUAGUCCAGGUUUUUAUGAUGAUCCAUGUAUAUCAUUUAUUCCAGCAAAUCUUAAUUUAAAUAAUAUAUUUCCAUUAUCAAAUCAUUCAUCAUCAUAUUCUAAUAAUUAUAAUCAUUAUCAACAACAUACAACACAUAGUCAUCCUAGUGUAACAAAUGAUCAUCAUUUUGCAACACAUAGUCUUUAUCAAGGUGAAAAUCCAACAGCAAUGGCAACGCCAACACCAAAAACAACAUAUAAUUCUUAUAAUCAAACAAAUAAUAAUCAAUUAACAAAAAAAACUACACAUCAAACACCAUAUCCAACAACAUCAUCAAUGCCAAUGCCAACAACAAUAAAUACUCAACAAAGUUCUACUUAUGGAAAUAAUGAUAAUAAAAAACUUUCGAAAUUAAAAUCUAAAACAUCUGAAAUGAUGAAUAAUGAUCAAAAUGCAUAUGAAGAAACAGCUCAAAAAAAUAU